GCCAUGACAGUGUGCCCAAGUCUUGCGAAAGACUAAAGAUGAGUGAAGACUGCUUGCCACCGAGUGCUAUGAACGCACCUAGACUCCGCACAGGAGGCAAUAGAUAAUCCUCGAAGCCCAAUCUCAAGGAUGUCUCAGUAUGGGCGGCAAGAACAAAAGGGAUUGCAUAUCGAAAUUUUGGGAAGCCCUCAAUCGAGUCAAUGGUGCUCGCCCCUGGAGCGCACCAGGAUGGCGAGAGAAUGACACAUCGUGACGAUUUCUAUAUGCAGACUUGAGUUGCGCCUGCCAGCUUCAAUGCAGCUGGUAGACAACCAAACCUUCUUCCAACGGUUGGCUGCAUUGUUUGAGUCAUCCAAGGACUCUGGAAGCAUAUGGCUUACCCACAAACGACUCGCAUACGAUGGGGAGGAUGCACAGAUGUCGUUUGAUGACGAUGCCUCCAAAGAAUAUCCGUGCUUGGUCCGGGUAACGGAUGGCGAUGAGACCAAGUUCUCGACCAAGGUCGAGCCUGGCGAACUGGAUCACUUUCACACGACCUACGGAGCACUACUGAAGUCCUCCAUGACCACUCUCCGAAAGCGCGACAAGAAGCGCGAAAAACAACGAGCAGAGGGGAUAGCACGUCGUAAGCGGAAGCUGACGGAGGAGAUCGCUGUUGAGGGGCCUAAAAGAGGUGCUGGUCGCCGAAAGAGACAGCGGAAAAUGAAGGCGGCAGCGAAGCAGGCAGAGGCACGGAAACGGGUUCAGGAGCGAGAGGAGGUCAAGUCCCGGGCCAAGGAGUCAUGAAUGUUGCUCUCCGUAGUGUCGCAGCUCUUCUACGAAUCCUCCUGUAGCUAUAGGGUCGUCCAUUGUGUGUAUGACUUUGUCAGGCGACGAGCGAUGUUGUCCGGCUUUAAUUAAAUUAAUACAGUACGCAUGCGGCA